GCGAGCCCUGCCUGUCGUUUCGCGUGUGUCCCGGUCAGGCUUGUGGUUCUCUCGUCUGAUCCCGUCCGCUGCAGACAUGUCCCGCUGUCUCGGCCUGGCGCGGCUAGCUCUCGGUGCCAAUUCACGGCUAAUAUGUGCGCGAGGACAGAGCAGCCGAGCGGUCUCGUGCUUCUUGGCUGGAGACUUGAAGGCUGGACAGCAGCAGCGGUGGAGCAGCCAACCCAGACUGUGGAGCUCCCAGCGGUCCGGUCCUGGGUUCAGACAGCAGGUCUCCUACAGCACCCAGGAAGCAGAGAAAGCGCCUGAGGACGACCCCAUACACACAAUUAUCACCGACAGAGAGUCUGUGCAAGGUAGCGCCUCCAAACAUGAAUUUCAGGCUGACACACGGAAACUGCUGGACAUCGUUGCCAAGUCUUUGUACUCUGAGAGAGAGGUGUUCAUCAGGGAGCUGAUUUCAAACAGCAGCGACUCUCUGGAGAAACUGCGUCACCACUCCCUCACAGCAUGGGGCAUGAGGUCACAGUUGGAGAUCCACCUGCAGACAGAUGCUUCCAAGCGCACGUUCACCAUUCAGGACACUGGGAUGGGGAUGAGCAAAGAAGAAUUGGUGUCCAACCUGGGCACUAUCGCACACUCUGGUUCAAAGGCCUUUCUGGAGGCAUUGGACAACCAGGGAAAGGUCAGCAGCACAAUCAUUGGUCAGUUUGGAGUUGGAUUCUACUCCUCGUUUGUCGUGGCCAAACAAGUGGAGGUGUACUCGCGCAGUGCUGAACCUGGUGCACCUGGAUAUAGGUGGUCCUCAGACGGCUCUGGUGUUUAUGAGAUCGCUGAAGCCACUGGUGUUCAGCCGGGAACAAAGAUUGUGCUGCACCUCAAAGAUGAGUGCGAAGACUUUUCUUUUGAGGACAAAGUUAAAGAGGUUGUAACAAAGUACAGUAACUUUGUCGGCUUUCCCAUCUACCUGAACGGACGCCGGCUCAACUCCAUGCAGGCCUUGUGGGUGAUGGAUCCAAAGGAGAUUGAUGACUGGAAGUAUGGGGAGUUCUACCGCUUCAUUGGCAAAACCAGUGGUGAGCCCCGCUACACGUUCCACUACCGCGCGGACGCGCCGCUCAACAUCCAGGGCAUCUUCUAUGUCCCUCACGAGAAGCCCAACAUGUUCGAAGUGAACGCGGACACGAGCUCCAAGGUGUCUCUGUACAGCAGGAAGGUUCUGAUCCAGUCCAAAUCGUCGCACAUCCUGCCCAGGUGGUUGCGCUUCCUGCACGGUGUGGUGGACAGUGAAGACAUCCCUCUGAACCUGAGUAGAGAGCUGCUGCAGGAGAGCCCCCUCCUCAUGAAGAUUCGUGACGUUUUGGAGGCAAGGUUGAUCCGCUUCCUGCUGCACCAGAGCAAGAAGGAUCCAGAGAAGUACUGUAACUUCCUUGAUGACUACCGACUCUAUAUCAGUGAAGGCAUCAUCACCACAGAAAACCAACAUUCCAAGGAGAACAUUGCCAAGCUGCUGCAGUACGAGUCCUCUGCUUUGCCCGCCGGCCAGCAGACCAGUCUGACAGACUACAUUUCACGCAUGAAGCCCGACUGCCGCAACAUCUACUACCUGUUUGCUCCGAGCCGCGAGAUUGCAGAGCAGUCGCCCUACUUUGAGGCUAUGAAGCAGAAAAACCAUGAGGUGCUUUUCUGCUACAAAGACUAUGAUGAGGUCACCGUGCUCAGACUCGGCGAGUUUGACAAAAAGAGGCUGAUGUCCGUGGAGGCGGACAUCGUGGUGGAUCACUACAAGGAAGAGAAGUUCGAGGACACCAUACCAGAGUCUGAGCGACUGACGCAGGAGCAGGCGAAUGAGCUGAUGACCUGGAUGAAGGAAUCUCUGGGUCCCAGAGUCGCCAACGUAAAGCUGACCCCUCGCCUCAACACCCACCCAGCCAUGAUCACGCAGAUGGAACUGGGUGCCACGCGCCGCGUCCUCCGCACCCACCAGCUGUCUGAGGCGCCGGUGGGGCGAGACCUGUUGACGCACGCCACGCUGGAGAUCAACGCAGGGCACUUUCUCAUUAAGAAGCUGUACGAGCUGAAGGACACGAACUCUGAAAUGGCCGCGUUGCUCUUUGCUCAGAUCUAUGAUAACGCCAUGAUUGCAGCAGGACUCCUGGAUGACGCCCGGCCCAUAGUUUCCCGUCUGAAUGAGCUGCUGUCUAAAGCUCUGGAGAAGUACUGAGUCACGACGUGGGCCGGCUGUACAGGCCUGUGUUCAUCUGAGCCAUAACAUCAGACUUCUGUCCAUCUGGAGGACUUUUAUUUUGCCCCCUUGUGGAGAAGACUAAGGAUUGUGAUGCAACAUGAACUUGUUGACAGUCUGCAGAGCGUUGCCAUGAAUCCUGCGUUUUCAUCAUCCUUUAAGUUUUGUCAUUUACAACCUCUUUGUACUUAAAUUUCUGAUGUGAAUCAAAGCCGAUGUUUUAACUUCUUCUAGGUCAAAGGUGUUAAACAAUCAGCCUACUGUAAACAGUUUAAGCACUUAUAGGAACAUUAAAAUGUUGAAGUAAUGUGA